GAAUUCUUCAACUUUACGCGUGGUCGUUUCCUCUGCGACGAAAAGCUUGAGCUGAAGCGUCGCCAUCGCACCUUCAACGUGUACGAGCUGAUGAGAAUUGCAGCUCAGGCUGUUGGCGCAACGCACUGCAACCACAUUGAGAAACUGCCCGAUGGUACGUGCAACAGGAUCUUGCUGCUAUCGAUGGAUAACGGCAAGCAAGUCGUUGCUAAGAUCCCCAAUCCAAACGCUGGCCGCCCUCACUUCACUACGGCAAGCGAAGUAGCGACAAUGAAGUUUAUGCGCGAAGUCGUUGGGACUCCACUCCCAGAGGUGUAUGCAUGGAGCUCAAGGGCACACGAGACUCUCGUUGGCGCAGAAUUCAUCAUCAUGGAAAAGGUAGAAGGUAUCACUUUGGAGGAAGCCUCGCUGCCAUUGGACUCACCAGAAAUGUUUCAAGUCGUCAAAUCAAUUGCCGAGCAUGUACACGCGUGGUCUUGUUUGACAUUUGAACAAUAUGGCUGUCUCUACUUCGCCCGGGACCUUGAACGCCACUGUCUUCCCGCUUUGCGAUACACCGACAGCUCAGGAGUUCAGAUAUCGGACAAAAGAUUCGUUGUUGGUCCUUUCUACCAUUACGACUAUCUGGACAAGACGCGAGACACAAAGAGACAAAACAAUGGUCCAUGGAGCUCUCUAGGAGAGUUCCACACUGCCAUCGUAGAGCGCGGACUUGCUCGCCUAGAACACACUGCUCCCCUCUCGCCUGCGACCGGUAUAUAUGGCCCCGGUCUAUAUCAGCCGUCAUAUGAGACAAAGAUACGCGCUCUCAAUGCUUAUCUCGGAAUUUAUCACUUCAUGAUCCCUCCAGAUCUCUCAUUCAGCGCUCCACACAUAUCGCAUUGCGACGUGGAAAAUCGGCACAUAUUCGUGGAUCCCAACAAUUCAGCCAAGAUCGUGGGGAUCAUAGGCUGGCAAACAACAGCGAUACUGCCUUUCCACUUCCAUCGGCUAGAACCUGGCUGGUUCCACCCCCAACAAUCUGAGCCAGAC